GCAAACUGCGCUGCAGAAGUGGUUGCAAACCGUGGGUGGUGAUCUCCACGCAGUCAUUCACAACCAAAGCCCUGAUCAGAAGAUUCAGGCAUGGACUAUGUUUGAUGCGUUGUGGCCGGCUCUGAGGCCAGGCGGCAUGUACUUCAUAGAAGCCUUCGAUGACAACGGGGGCGGCAUUUCUAGCAAACUUGCCAGAUGGAUUGAUCAGAUGCUGAUCCCUUCUGACACAAUUUCCCAGCCAAUGCCCAGCGGCCUGGAAUCUAUUUACUGUCAGCCUCAUGCGUGCAUGAUCCGAAAGCAAGUCUGUCGCCGAGACUUAGCUGGCAGCGGCAAUUUUGUCGCACAUACUGUGUACAACUUCGAAAAGUCAGCACGGGAAGCGCCGAUGCAGACUGACAAGACCACAACUCACAGAUAUCAGGUCAUGUAUGGUACCUUCCUGCUUCCCUUCCUGCAAGCUUUCCCACAGGCCAAGAUGCUCGAAAUUGGCCUUGGCUGUGGUAUGGCAGCUGGCACAGGUGCAAGCGCGAAACUGUGGGCCAAGUUGUUUCCCAGCCUAGACCUGUGGAUGGGCGAGUAUCACGCAUCCUGUGUGGAGCACGAACGCAAGGCUGGAAAUCUUGAAGGCAUAAAAACUGUGACAGGAGACCAGGGUGACGCAGCUACGCUUCAAGAAUGGCUUAUCACUACUGGUGGGAACUUCGACAUUAUCAUCGAUGACGGAGGUCACCACAACAAGCACAACAAGGCCACCUUUGAGGGGCUUUGGCCUGCUCUACGUCCUGGUGGGCUCUACUUCUUAGAGGACCUUCAGGUUGGGAGGGAGCCAGAGUACGCAGAUGGCCCGGCCACGUCAGAAAUCAUGCAGGCCUGGGUCCACCAGAUGCUAAAUCCAACAGGCGUGCCAGGACGAUUUCCUCUACCUGUUGGCAUUGAGUCCGUCUAUUGCCAGUGGGAGGCAUGCGUUGUCCGCAAAGCAGGCGGGUUCUGA